CACUUCUCUUUGUGAUUUUUAUAAAUAACCUGGGUGAGGAAGUGGAGGGAUGGGUUAGUAAAUUUUCUGAUGACACAAAGGUUGGAGGUGUUGUGGAUAGUGUGGAGGGCUGUCAGAGUUUACAAUGGGACCUUGAUAUAAUGCAAAACGGCUGAGAAGUGGCGGAUGCAAUUCAACCCAGGUAAAUGUGAGGUGGUUCAUUUUCGUAGGUCAAAUAUGAUGACAGAAUAUAGUAUUAAUGGUUCAAAUUGUGUUACUGUUGUAACGGGUUCACAUACAUCAGACCAAUGCAGGUUUAAAGGUGAAACUUGCACAAAACGCAACAAAGUAGGACACAUACACGUUAAGCAGACAAAAAUAAACGGACUGCACAGGGAAGAUAAAAAGUCAAGUUGCAGUUUCAAAAAGAGUUAGCAAAAGGUUGGUCUAAAUACCCCCGCAAACCCUUUUCAGUAUCCACUGCACAUCCAAUGUUGGUGUUAUCCACGUUUCUCAAUAACUGGAUAUUACGUUACAAAUCUUUUCCUUCAUCUCGACAUUGAUGCACUGCAGUAAUAUUACACUAGAUGUACUUUUGAUCUGUUCACUACAAUUAACAAUUUUUGUUCUUUCCUUUGAACAUUAUGUAUGAUAGACGUAUUUUUCUUGUGAAUGCUGUUUAACUGACUCAGUAACUCGCGUACGCACUGAGAGAUGAGAGCGAGGUUCGCGAUUUCGUACUUUCUGAGCCGAGUGCUGACCCGUUGUAGCAGCUGCGCAUGUGCACGGCGGUGCGGUCGGCGGACAGGUGAGGACAGUAAUGGGGUGUGCGGGGCGAUAUUAACGACCUGGGUUAUCAUCUCGGCGCAAGGAAUGACCAGUUACCUCAGAUUCCAGCCCCUCCUCUGCAGCUUUCAGCAGAAUUUUCUGUCAGAUUUCUAAUGGAGGUGGCAAUAUGUUCUUCAGUAGGAUUGUUCAAGAACCUUGCCCGUGGUUUCCUGUAUUCGCAGAGGUCGCAUUUUCACCAAUGCAGGUCAAAACGCCUACUGUUAUCUCGCCUCUUUCAGCCUUUGAACCUGCAAGAGGACAGAAUGGCUGGAGUUGGUCGGUCAGGUGAGCUCACCUGCAACAGCCAAAGACUGAUGCUUCAGGCAGGCCUCAUCCAGCCAGCCAAUCCGGGCUGCUUUCACUAUCUGCCAUAUACAGUCCGUGCCAUGGAGAAACUCAUCAGCCUGAUCGAUGAGGAAAUGCAAUCCAUCGGGGGCCAGAAAGUGAACAUGCCCAGCCUCACCUCUGCAAACCUGUGGAAGGCGAGUGGACGCUGGGACCUGCUGGGGAAGGAACUGUUCAGACUAAACGACAGGCACAGCAUGGACUACUGCUUGAGUCCGACACAUGAGGAAGCUGUGACUGAGCUUGUGGCCAUGCAGGGGAACCUUUCAUACAAACAACUACCACUGCUGCUAUACCAAGUGACAAGGAAGUUCCGAGAUGAGCCUAAGCCGCGGUUUGGUUUGCUCCGAGGAAGGGAGUUCUAUAUGAAAGACAUGUACACAUUUGACGUCUCAGAGGAAGCAGCCAAGGAAACUUAUGAACUUGUUUCUGGUGCUUAUGGGCGCAUAUUUGAUCGGUUGGGACUGCAGUGUGUGAAGGUACGGGCAGACACUGGCAAUAUUGGUGGCAAGCUGUCACACGAGUUUCAGCUGCCAGCAGAGGUUGGGGAAGAUCGCCUUCUGAUGUGCUCAGAUUGCCAUUUUGCGGCCAACGUGGAAACAAUGAAGGCGGUAGGAUCAAAGUGCCCGCAGUGCGAUGGUGAACUGAUAGAAAGCAGAGGCAUUGAGGUGGGACACACCUUUUAUCUUGGGACCAAGUACUCACAGAUGUUUGGUGCUUCAUAUUCUAACACUGAGAACAAGCCCAUCCUGUCAGAGAUGGGCUGCUUUGGUCUUGGGAUCACACGCAUACUGGCUGCAGCAAUAGAGGUUUUGUCCACUGAAAAUGACAUUCGGUGGCCCGACCUCCUGGCCCCUUACCAGGUUUGUCUCAUUUCCCCUAAGAAAGGGAGCAAGGAGGAACUGAACUUGCACCUGUUAGAGUCACUUUAUGAUAAUCUGAUGGACCUUGUCCCCCAGCUUGCUGGAGAGGUACUGUUGGAUGACCGCAGUCACUUGACCAUUGGCAGGAGGCUGAAAGAUGCCAGCCGGCUGGGUUAUCCGUAUGUUGUCAUUGCAGGGAAGAGGGUUUUGGAAGAUCCUGCUGUCUUUGAGGUUAACUGCCAAAACAAUGGAAGGACAGUGUUUCUCACACAAGAAGGUGUGUUGGAUUUUCUGAAAAAUGUGCAAGUGGUUUAAUGUUUGAAAUUAAUCUUCAGUCAAAUAUACAGGUGAAAGGGUCCUGAUUUUCUACAUUGAAUCCUUGUAACCCUGUCUUUUUGUAAUAUGCAGAAAACAAUCAUGUAUGUAAUACACCAAUAUAUCAGGUAGAAUUACAUAUUGAGAGAGAAUAAACAAAAUGUUUUUAUUUGAUUACAUCCCUCUCACUGAGAAUCAGUGGGCAUUCCAGUACAGCUAUUGAAGCUUCCUGUUAAGACGGCAGUACUGAACGCGUGCGACAGCUCACUGUUAGUUUAAAAAGUUAAGAAAUCCGAUUAAAAACAUCCGCAGAAUCGUUGCAGACGGAGUUCCAAUGGCCAUACAACCAGCCUGGGUAUGUGAUUGGAUCACCCUGUGCGCUGAGCUGAUUUGAAAAGCUUGAGAGCAGCUUUGGGCUGGAUAGUGAAAUCUGGGCCCUGAGUGAGUCGCUGGUCGGUGUAUUUUAGGCCCCACAAUGGCCGGGUCCUAGUGCGAGGUACGAACCGCUGUUUAGACAGUUUAAAUGCCAGCCCAGAUCAGAGGUGAGAUCCAAUGUUUCUCUCUGUCCGCAAUGUUCACUACUCUCAUCAAG